AUGUUCAUCUUUCGACCUCGGUACCCAGAACAAGCUCGAGAAAAGGAGCUCGACACAGCGAUAGUCCACAGACCGCAUGCCCCCGACCGCAUCCUCCAGAAUUUAUCAGAGCCGAACCAAGUACCUCAGCAAAGAACUGCAGCACGAAAGCUUACACAGCCAACGGAAGCAGUCUACACGCUGGACACACGUCCGCUGUGGCAUGACUUUGGGAAAGACGACUGGCAAAGAAAGAGCGAGGAGAGGGAGUACAGGCUGGAGGGCUUUGUCGUUUGUUCCGACACUACAUCAAGACCACCGUGA